AUGUUGACAUCUUUCCUCACCAUAGCCGCUGCUCUCCUCAGCGCUCACGCUGUACCAUUCUCUAGCAAACUACACAAGCGGACGGCACUAGUCGUAAUCGAUGUCCAGAACGACUUCAUCAACGGUUCGCUUGCAAACCCUCGAGCCCCCGCCAUUCUCCCCAAGGUCUACCAGCUGCUUGACGACCAUGAGUGGCCCUUCAUCGUCGCUUCUCAAGACUGGCAUCCCAAGGGUCACGUCUCCUUCGCUUCUGCACAUUCUGGAGCAAAGCCUGGAGAUAGUGUCAAUGUCACCUUCGUCGACACUCCUACUAAGACCGAGACGCAAAACGUCUUCGCGGAUCAUUGUGUCCCUGGAACCUGGGGCGCGGAGAUUGAAGAUGGAGUAAAGACACGAUUGCAAUACCUUGAGGGCUACCGAACGCCCGUAAACUAUAUCAAGAAGGCGCAGAACCACUCCGUGGACUCUUACUCGGCAUUUGCGGAUAACCAGUAUCAUCAGUUCACUACGCUGAACUCCGAAUUGACCCUUCACAGCAUUGAGACCAUCAUAGUGACUGGUCUUAUCACCAAUGCUUGUGUUCGAGGGACAUGCAUUGACGGGAUUAAGCUUGGAUAUGAGGUCGUCCUUAUUGAGGAUGCUACUGAGACCUUGUCAGAUGAUAUCAAGAGUGCUACUAUUGACGAAUUGGAGGGUUGGGGUGUCCAAGUUAUGAACCUCACGAACUGGGAAACCGCAAACCCCACCGGGCUGAGGAGGCGGUCGAUGAGGGAGCUCUGA